CGACGCCUCACGCCUCGCCUCAGUGAGGGAGGAAGCGCCAAUCACCGCACGGCAUCUGACCUGAGAUCAGCUCGCGCAUCACAGACCAAACCGCCACUGACGGCCGCAGAACCGAUCCCAGAUCAUUUUUUAACCGCAGAAAGCCACUCGACAGGGAGUUUGUUACAGGGCGUUUGAGUCACAGUCAGUGUUUAAUUCGCUUAUACACACAUUCCGCUGACGUUUAGCCCAGCGCGCGAGCACACACACACACAGAACCAAAGCAGCCGCGGAAGACACAGUUACAUCGCAGCACUGUUCUAAAGUCUACGGCCGCUACCAUGCCACUAUUUGGUAAACCUCACAAGAACCCCACAGAAAUUGUGAAGACCCUGAAGGACAACCUCUCCAUCCUGGUCAAGCAGGACAAGAAGACAGAGAAGGCUUCAGAGGAGGUGUCGAAAUGUCUGGUGGCGAUGAAGGAGAUCCUGUACGGCACUAACGAUAAGGAGCCACACACAGAAACGGUGGCCCAACUGGCCCAAGAGCUCUACAACAGCGGCCUGCUCAUCUCACUGGUGGAAAACCUGCAGGUCAUCGAUUUUGAGGGUAAAAAGGACGUUUGUCAGAUCUUCAACAACAUCCUGCGCAGGCAGAUCGGGACCCGCAGCCCAACGGUGGAAUAUUUCUGCUCUCAUCAGGAAGUUCUUUUCAUCUUACUCAAAGGGUAUGAGACCCCUCAGGUGGCAUUGAAUUGUGGGAUUAUGCUGCGUGAGUGCAUCCGGCAUGAACCUCUCGCCAAAAUCGUCCUCCACUCUGAACACUUUAAAGAUUUCUUUGGCUACGUGGAGAUGUCCACAUUUGACAUCGCCUCUGAUGCGUUUGCCACCUUCAAGGACCUGCUCACAAGACACAAGGUUCUGGUGGCAGAAUUUUUAGAACAGAACUAUGAUGCGGUUUUUGAUAACUAUGAGAAACUGCUUCACUCUGAGAACUACGUGACCAAGAGACAGUCUUUGAAGCUGCUGGGUGAACUGCUCCUGGACAGACACAAUUUCACAGUCAUGACACGGUAUAUCAGUAAACCAGAGAACCUGAAGCUCAUGAUGAACCUCCUGAGAGACAAGAGCCCCAACAUUCAGUUUGAGGCUUUCCAUGUCUUUAAGGUACACCUGACUUUUUCAGAAAUUGUGGAAAUUGAUUGA